CGCCUCCACUGCAUCCCAGGCUCGUCCCUCAUCGCCGGUCGCCGGUCGCCGGUCGCCGGUCGCCGGUCGCUGGUCCAAACAAGGCGCAGGCGAGCCUCCUCUCGUCGGCCGACUGCGGUUCGAUCGAGCCUCCCGCUAAGCCCUUCUCUGUAGCGGCUGAACGCCACCUCCACCGCCUGCCCCGUCGCCGCCACCACCUCCUUGAGCGGCACCGGUGGCAGCAUCACCUUCUUCUUGCCGCCGCCGGACUUCCUGGACCGCCGUUGCUCCGCCUUCUUCCAAGCGCCGCUCCGGUAUCAAGACACACAAUCACACAUACAUUCCCCUUCCCCUCCCCUCCCCCUCCUCUCCUUCUGUCCCUUUUAUUUGUACGUCUCCGGUCUCCGGAGCACCGUCAUAGUCCUCUGUUUCUUUCUUUUUAUUAUCGUGUUCGUUGUCAGCUUCCCCACUGUGAGCCGGACUAGGGUUUCUUGGUCAAUGUCGGCCGAGAAGCCUCCCAUGGAACUCGGCAAGGGCGCCGUCAAUCUCGACAAGGCCGGCUUCCUAGACGUCAGAGCUACUUCUUACGAGCAGCUAGAGCAACUGAGGAGGCGCCCAUAUGCGCUAACUGGAGAAGUGAAUUUCAUUCAGGAAGAGGAUACUCGAUUGGAAACCACACGUGCAAGAUUAGCAAAUGUUCUUAGAAGGCAUGAGGAGUUAAAGGAGCGUCUCUCAAGGGACUCUGAUAAGAUGAUUUUUGAGCGUUUGCAAAAAGAAUUUGAAGCUGCACGAGCUGCUCAAACUGAAGAGAUAUCUUUGGAUGGUGAGCAAUGGAAUGAAGGAUUACUAGCGACAAUCCGUGAGAGGGUUCACAUGGAAGCUGAUAGAAAGGCAAUGUCAAGCCAAACAAGCAUUCCUCCUGAUACCCACUUUCAUGCAAAAACUACUUACAGAAUAAAAAAUAAGCAGGUAAUCUGUUGUCUGGAGGGUGCAAGGAUUGGCAUACAGUAUGAGACAUCUUUUGCUGGAGAACCUUGUGAGAUUUAUCAUUGCGUUCUUGAAAGCAAAUCAUUUCUUGAAAAAAUGACUGUAAUCGAACAUACAGUUCCUUUCUUUCUUCCAAUUCGUGAAGCAGAAAAUGACCUUCUCUCUUCUAGUGCAAUUAAAUUUAUCGACCAUGUUGGAGAACUUUUGCAAUCUUAUGUGGACAGGAGAGAGCAGGUACGCCUUAUCAAGGAACUGUAUGGAAACCAAAUUGGGGAGCUAUUCCAUAGUCUUGCUUACAAUUGGAUCGAAUUUGUAUUGGAAGACUUUGAUUGCAAGGUGACUGUCAGUCUAAGAUAUGCAGAUCUUGUUUCAGUAUUGCCAAGUCGAAUAAGGGUUCUGGCAUGGCCUGUCCAUCCCUUAAAAAAAAUUCUUGUGGGAGAUAGAAAAGGCAGUGGGGCAGCAUUAGCUCAAUCUAUUCCAUCUCGUCUUUCAUAUGCCGAGGAUGCAUUAAGAACUAUGAGCCUGCCAGAAGCAUAUGCUGAGAUUGUGUUGAACAUGCCUCGAGUUCUGCAACAAAUGUUCCCGCAGCUGGGAGGUGCAUAGGGUCAUUCAAGCACAUUCCAAAAAUGACCACUGAAACAAAGCUUCAAGCUUGCCGAUCUUUGCUGAGAUAUGGUUCUUAUUCUUGAUGGCCAAUAUCAUUGAUAUAAUUUGAGGCAUUGUCAGAGAACAUGCAUUAGCCCAUUGCACUGGAACUUGAAUGUGCUGAUCAUGGAGACUGGAAAGAUGUUUUUCCUUGGCUUCAUUUUUUGGUCACUGACUCGCACAUAUACUUGCCAAGAAGUCAAGAUAUUGCUGAUGGCAAUAUACUUCAAAGUUCUAAUAAAAUUCUUGUUGAUCCAAAAUUAAUGAACAUUUUGGUGAUCCCAUAACUCAUUCUGGUUGUUCCGUGUUGUUGAUUUUCUCCUUCAGAGAUGCUCCCUUCAUUAAGGAUAUGCAUGUAGGUGAUAAUCUAGUUUCUUGUUUUUGUUGUGUUGUGAUAGAGAAUGACAGCAGUUUUGCCAUCCAGCUUUGAUUGUAUUUCCAUCGCAUAGUUCCGAUGACUAAUAUCAUCAAGGAUUUUAGAAAGUUUGAUUAUGUGUAAUUUUUGAACCUAGCUAAUUGAAUUUGUUUGCAAGUGUGCAGGAA